AUGGCAACAAAAUUACUUCCUAUUGAUAUUGAUAUGUAUAUGAAAAAAAAUAUGGAAGAACAUUCAACAAUUUAUUAUGACAUUCAAGGUCUUAUACUUCGACGAGGACAACCAUUUUUAUUUACAAUAACAUUUAAUCAAGAUUUUCAUAUUGAUAAAUAUAAUCUAUCAGUUAUUUUCAAGUCUCAAACAUGGUCUAAUUUUCCAAAUGUAAAAAUUCCAUUGAAUAGUUCAUCAAAUGGAUGGUCAGCAAAAAGACUUUUCAUAGAAGAUCAAAAGAAUAAUCGUAUUUGUUUUCAAAUCAACUCUUCUUCUGAUACUCCUAUUGGAAAAUAUUCUCUUUUGCUAGAAAUUUGUUCGAUCACGAAAAAUUUAAUAAAUAAACAAGAUGUUUCAAUAUUUCAUUUUGAUAAUGAUAUUUAUUUUCUAUUUAAUCCAUGGAAUAAAAAUGAUUCAUGUGCAUUAUUAUCAUCUGAUCAAAUUGCAGAAUAUGUUUUGAAUGAACAUGGACAAAUUUAUCUUGGCUCAUCUGAUAUUCCUCAAUCUAUUCCAUGGUAUUUUGGACAAUUUGAAAGAAUUGUAUUACUUACAGCUCUUGCUCUUCUUAAAGAAAUAUAUUUAUCAAUAGAAUAUCAUAUCGAUAUAUCUUUAAUUCUUCGUAUUCUUUCAUCAAAAAUUUGUUCAGAUGUUGGAACACAUAAUGGAAUAUUUUCAUCAUUAUUGGAUAGUCAUUCAUCUUUAUGUCAAGAAAAUCAAUAUGCAAGUAGUCCAGCUAUUUUAAAACAAUGUUUGAUAUUAAAUGAUCAACAAAUUCCAUGUGGUAGUAAUUGGCAACAUGCUGCUGUAUUUUGUAGUUUAUGUCGAUCCUUAGGUAUUCCAUGUCGUAUUGUUACUGUUUAUAAUGCAAUUUGUCAAACUCAAGAACAAGAAAAUAUUGAUAUAAAUUGGAAUACAAGACAACAACCAAUUGUAGUAGUUAACUCAAAAUUAACUCGUCCUUGGUAUUUAUGGAAUGAAUGUUGGAUACGUCGAGAUGAUUUACCAGUAUAUUAUUCAGGAUGGCAAGUAAUAGAUUCAUCUUCUAUUGAUUACAAUACAAAAAUUCGACGCAUCGGUCCAUGCUCAGUAGCUGCUUUGAAGUCUGGUAUAUCAGGUUUAAAAUGGGAUACUAUUGAUAUAUAUAGUAUAUUGAAUGGAAAUAAAACCUAUUGGCUUGUUUAUCCAAAUGGAGAUCGAAAAUUAAGAAAUAUUGAAGAAAAUAUGAUUAAUACAAAAAUUAUUACAAAAUCAUUGAAAAAAGAAAAUGAAUAUGAAGAUAUUACAAGCAAUUACAAAUUAAAUAAAACAUCUAAUCAAACACCUUUUAAUCAUGAUGUUAAUAUUGAAAUGGAAAUUCCUGACAGUUUGAAAUUUGGUGAUAAUCUUCAUUUAAUUCUUAAAACAAAUAAUCUAUCAAAUAAACAUCGAACAUUAACUGCAACCUUAACAUUAUUGAAAAUUAAUCCUAUUGAAGAAAUAAAAUCUACAUCAAAAAAUCUAAAUCAGACAUCAUAUGAAGAUCGAUAUAUUCCUAACAAUACAAAUCUAGAUAUAUACAACAUAAGUUUACAAACUCCAAUUCAAUCAUUUACAGAAAUUUAUCAUCUUGAUAAUAAUGAUCAUAAGAAUAUACCCAUGAAAGUAGCAGAAAAUCAUCAAGUAUGGUUAGGAUGCUUUGAUAGUUUACUGAAAUUAAAUAUACAUGUGGUUGUUAGAGAGACAGGACAAAUUUAUCAAAGAGAAAAAUAUAUCUUAAAUGCAGAAAAUGAUCUAAUGCAAUUGUUUCUUGAAAACGACGUUAUCGAAAUUGGAAAACAAGGAAAACUUCAAAUUCAAAUAAAUAAUUCUUUUCCUUAUCCAUUGAACAAUGGAUACAUUACAAUAGAUGGUUUUGGUAUAUCAAAAUCUAUUUUGAUAAAGUAA